AUGAUCUCGGCCUUCUUCAUCUUCAAUCAAAAGGGCGAGGUGCUCAUCUCCCGCCUCUUCCGCAGCGACCUGAAGCGCAGCAUCGCCGACAUCUUCCGCAUCCAGGUCGUCUCGAACCCAGACGUGCGCUCGCCCAUCAUCACGCUCGGCAGCACCAGCUUCUUCCACGUCCGCCACGAGAAUCUCUACCUCGUCGCCGUCACCAAGUGCAACGCCAACGCCGCACUCGUAUUCGAGUUCUGCUACCGCGUCAUCGGCAUCGGCAGGUCCUACUUUGGCGGCAAGUUUGACGAGGAGGCCGUCAAGAACAACUUUGUCCUCAUCUACGAGCUCCUCGACGAGAUCCUCGACUUUGGCUACCCGCAAAACAGCGAGAUCGACACGCUAAAGAUGUACAUCACCACCGAGGGCGUCAAGUCGGAGCAGGCGGUGCGCGAGGACUCGUCCAAGAUCACCAUCCAGGCGACGGGAGCCACCAGCUGGAGGAGGGCCGACGUCAAGUACCGCAAGAACGAGGCAUUUGUCGACGUCAUCGAGACGGUCAAUCUGCUGAUGAGCAGCAAGGGAACGGUGCUGCGGGCCGACGUCGACGGCCAGAUCCUAAUGAGGGCCUACCUGAGCGGCAUGCCAGAGUGCAAGUUCGGGCUCAACGACAAGCUGGUGCUGGAGAAGAGCGAUCGGAAUCGUGGCAAGGUGGACGCGGUCGAGCUCGAUGACUGCCAGUUCCACCAAUGCGUCAAGCUGGGCAAGUACGACACGGACCGCAGCAUCAGCUUCAUCCCCCCAGACGGCGAGUUUGAGCUGAUGAGGUAUCGCUCGACGACGAAUGUCAACCUUCCCUUCAAGGUGCACCCGAUCGUCAAGGAGGUCUCCAAGAGCCGGGUCGAGUACACGAUCAACCUGCGCGCCAACUUUGACGCCAAGCUGAGCGCCAACAAUGUGGUGCUGCGCAUCCCGACGCCGCUCAACACGACCAACGUCAAGUGCCAGGUGUCGCUGGGCAAGGCGAAAUACGUGCCGGCGGAAAACGUCGUGGUGUGGAAGAUCCCGAGGAUGCAGGGCAUGUCCGAGACGACGUUUACGGCCGAGGCCGAGCUGAGCUCGACGACGCACCGCAAGGCGUGGACCAAGCCGCCGAUCGAGGUGCAGUUCCAGGUGCUCAUGUUUACGGCGUCGGGCCUGCUCGUGCGCUUCCUCAAGGUGUUUGAGAAGAGCAACUACCAGAGCGUCAAGUGGGUCCGGUACCUCAGCCGGAGCAACGGUAGCUACCUCAUACGCUUCUAG